AUGGCCCCAGCGCAGCAAGCCUCGCCACCCCCGAUUCUCACCGUCCUCGCCACCACUCUCGUAGCGCCCUCGCCCAGCGCCGGCGCCGCCCCGCCGGAGUCCUCCCUCCCGCUCACCUUCUUCGACGUCUUCUGGCUCAACCUCCCACCCGUCGAGCGUGUCUUCUUCUACCGCCUCGCCGCCGACGCCGACAUCCCCACCAUCCUCUCCAACCUCAAGACCUCGCUGGCCAAAGCUCUCAGCGCCUACUACCCGCUCGCCGGCCGCCUCCGCCUCACGCCCGGGACGGCUGACCGCUACGAGAUCCACUACCAGCCGGGCGACGCCGUCACCUUCACCGUCGCCGAGUACCAUGGUGAUGUUGACGUCGACGAGCUGGCCGUCGACCGGCCGAGGGAGAUCACCAGGAUCGCACCGCUCGCACCGCCACUGCCGAAGGGCGGCGCGGUGCUCGCGCUGCAGGCCACCGUGAUGCGCCGUGGCCUCGCCAUCGGCAUGGCCGUGCACCACGCCGCCUGCGACGGGGCGACUUCCACGCGCUUCCUGCACGCCUGGGCGGCGGCCAGCACCGGCGCUAUUGAGCCACCACGCCCUGUCAUCGACAGAACUCUCGUAAAGGACCCAACGGGUCUCUACGACGUCUUCGUGAAAGCCAAGCCGACCGCCGGUGAGAUGGAUCGCGUCAAGACGUGGGAGCACCGACUCCUCGCCACGUUCACGCUGUCGAAUGAAGACAUACAACGCGUCAAGGACGUGAUAGCAAGCGAAGCGGAGCGGCGAGGCGCGCCGCCGCCGCGCUGCUCCUCGUUGGUAGCCACCUUCGGCUUCAUGUGGUCAUGCCACCAGCGAGCCAAAGACGAUGUAGGAAGCACCGGCGGCGACCCCACAUACUUGCUCUUCCCCGUCGACCACCGCUCACGGAUGAAGCCCCCCGUCCCGGACGAGUACCUCGCCCCCGCGCCGCCAAUUGGUACGUUGUCGUCAGAGAUGAUGUGA